AUGGGGAACGAAGACAUUAACCGCAAGGACGUUUCGACUCAGAAAGACUGGCCUGAUGAUGAGAACAACCCGUUUGUCGCCUUCCGGCGCUACGCCGAUGAGCAGGUCUCCACCAUGCUUCAAUCUAUCACGGGCCUCCCCUCGAUGGUAACACAGCCUCACAGCGGCCACUGGGAUAUAUUCGCAGAUAACCAGGGCCACCAGAAUCGGAUCUCUCGUCAAAGAACCAGUGAUAAUACGGACAACAGCAGCUAUCCAACAGACCGAGAUGGAGAUGACCCACGCAACUAUGGAAAUAAUUCACGACCACGCUGGCCUGAAAACGACGAUUCGUGGAGAAAGUGGUGUAAUGGACCAUCCGACUUCUUCGGCCUCGAUUCCUUCUUCGACCGCUUCUUCGAGGACCGGUUCUUCCCUUUUGCAUCACAACUCCUACACUCCGGCCACAACCUCCUUCUCCGGGAUAUGUUUGAGGACACCGACUCACCAACCUGGCCGAUCGGGUAUAUCCUGUUCAGCCCAUACUCGCCUCUGCAUCUAGAACGCCAAGCACAAUACCAAAUGCACCGGGAGAAGGGCGUUUUCUCAUCUCUCAUGUCAUCUUUGCAUCUCAACUCCGACCGUGACCCUUCCGAACUCCAGUGGCGAGAAGCAUUUGAGGAUUUACUUCGACUCGAGAACGAUAAGCCGAUGCUCGAUCGCAAUGCCUCCACCGCGAGAUCCGAGUCCGGCAAGGACUGGCUACAAGGGCUUGUUAAAAGAGGCAGCUUGGGAGAUAAGUGGAAGUAUGUGUCUGGCAGAGAUGGCCAGCCUUGGUCCGGCGUUACGUUAUCUGGUCGUGCAGGCCCUCGUUCUCUACCCGAGAAAGAGAAAGCAUUUACAGAUACGAAGGAGGCUGAGAGCGAGCUAGACCUAUACGAACGCUUCUUGCAUGACAUCGAAAACCGCGAACGUGAAUUCUUCCGCGGUGUCUCCGAAAGCCCUCUUCUGCGUCUCCUCCUGGAUGAGCGACGGGAGCAACAGGAAGAACUUGAGAAAUACAGGCGCAUCCCUCUAAAGGCCGGGGACCAGCACAGCCACGACGAUAAUGAGAAUUGGAUCGAUCUUGUGUCUGGCGGGAACAAGAAAUCUGUCCCUGAAACGCCCAGGGAUUUGCCGACCGAAAUCGCCACCAAACCAGCCGAAGCUAUCUCGGAACCAGCGCAGCCUCGUGUCAUCUCCACUAUGACUCGAACGGAACGUGUGCGGCUUCCCGAUGGCUCAGUUGAGAGCAAGGUCGUCAAUACAAGACGUUUCGCAGAUGGCCGAGAGGAAAGUGACGAGUCUGUUGAGGUGUCUCGUCCCCAGGAGGCUUUGCAUUCUAGAUCUGAGUCCGACAAGCCGAAGAGCGGUUGGUUCUGGAAAGACUAG